GGACCUGGUUACUUCAGAGGCAUGGACACCAUUGUUGAUUACAAAUUUUUGAGCAGGGUCAUUGGGAAGACUAUCAAAAUUACAAUGAAAACUGGAUGUUUGCGGGGAGUUUUAAUAAAUAUUGAUCCAAGUCGGACAAUUCUUAUCAGCAAAGUUGAAGAUUUGGAAACUGGCAAGAACAUUCCUGGAGCACAGCUGCUUUUUGGGCGUGAUAUUUUGAAUGUGGAACUGCACAAAGAAUCAAUGGCUGCACUUCAGGGGAAACCAGGACUCACAGUUGUUAAGAGAGAGGAUUUUCCUUCGAAAGAAGCCGUAUUUAUUGGGAUGCAGGAUGUGGUACCCACAAAAGCUUACACCAGCGUUUCACAACAGAUUUACGAGAGUGCUUUACAAGCCGCCAAACAUUCAGAUCCAGACAAGAGUCCUAGUUGUGACAUGAAGAUGUCCUUUAACAGGUUCAAAAACCUGAAUCCCCUUGCAGAACUCGCUAUUGGCCCCUUGCGUCGAUAUAGAGACAUCCAGCAACAGAAGAAAGUUAAAAAUAUGAGUUCCCAGGGGGUAGUGAUCAAUUUUCUGUCAACUUUUUUUUCUGUUCCAGUGGAUGAGGAGGAAGUAGAAUACACAGUAAUUGACCAAUUCCAACCAAUAUUUGGUCCAGCUGUGCGACAUCUCCAAAACCAGAAAGUUCUGGGUAUUGGUGCUGUUGGCUUAAACCUUUGCCGCCAUGGAAAGAUCUGCUGGCUACAGGUUGCAAGCAAAAGCCGUGCAUACCUUUUUGAUGUCCUCAUUCUCGGUCCAAAGAUUUUCAAAAAUGGGCUACAAGUGGUCCUAGAGGAUAAAUCUAUCUUAAAGGUUAUCCAUGACUGCCGCUGGCUGGGAGAUUUUCUUUCUCAUCAGUAUGGUGUUGUCCUGAGUAAUGUGUUUGAUACACAGGUUGCUGAUGUGUACCUGUUCUCGGUGGGGACCGGGGGAUUCCUUCCUCAUCGUACAAGCUCACUUAAGGAAUGCUUGACUCGUUACCUCAACAUGCCACCAUCACGUGUUUCCUUCUUGACUCAACGUCAUACUCUUGAAAAGGAUAACCCCAGCAUCUGGUUUGAUCGUCCUUUGGCACCAUCACUUCAUAAAGUUUUGGCUUUGGAAGUGAUGCAUCUGCUUACUCUGCGCUUAGCCAUGCUAGACUCCAUGCUGGCUGACUAUACACUAUUGGUUGAUGGGUAUCUUAACUCAUGUAGACAGGGAACAGAAGAUGAUCUAGCCAGCACUGAGCUGUCGUGUUCGGAACUGCCCAAAGAACUUCAACAGCUGAGAGUACUUCAACAAGUGAGAAGCGAAAAGGCCUUAAAAGAUUAUGAUGUUAACAACAAGGGGCUCCUUAUAAGGAAUGCACCUGAAGAUAUUAAGCAUAAAUGUGAAAAUUUGAUUGAUUCAAACAUUAAUUAUUAAUAUAUAUUUUGAGAAGGCUCAAAAUAUGAUAUAAAACUGAUGUUGACUUAAGUUUGCAAGAAUAAUUUUCUUUUUUUGGUAAAGCGUCCCAAUAUGUGUUGUAAUGUUUUGAUUUCUUUUUUUGAGAUAAGAAAAUAUUUUGAUACUUGUUUAACAGGUCAUAUUUCUACUGUAUUAUACAGCACUAUGGAGUUGUGUGGCUCUUUACAAAUUGUUAUAAAAUAAAAAUGUUU